GCCAGCGACAACGCGCACCACGCUCGCUCGCACACGCACAGACAGACGCGUCCAGGGAGAAAGCCUCCGGCCGGCCGACCGACGCUCGAGGAGGGAGAGGCGGACGGAGGUGGAGGGCGGCGGCAUGGUGGUCAGGCGGUCGCCGGCGCGGCGGCGGGGCGUGCGGGUCGGCCCGACCAAGCUCGAGGGCCUGCCGGCCGCGUGGUCGGCCCCCGCCGUGGCCGCCGUCAAGGUCAAGUGGCCCGGCGCCGGCGGGGCGCUCUCGCAGAUGCUCACCGGCAGGCGCGGCGGCCGCGGGGUCACCGCCGUCGAGCCCGUCGGCGGCGACGGCGCCGUCCGCUGGGACGCCGCCGCCGACGCCAACCGCUUCCGCGUCGACGUCGAGCCCAGCGCCAGCCCGCGCGGCGGCGCGGGCGCGGGCGGCGCCGGCCGGCCGGAGCGCGGCGUCUUCUUCUCCGUCCUAUACGGAUUCCAAGAACAAGGGAGGGGCAAGGACCUGGUGAGGCUGGACGAGAUCGGGACAGCCAUGAUCAGCCUGGAGGAGUGCUGCUGGGAGAUGCAGCUGCAGCAGCAGCAGAAAGUUGGGGCUCCUCUGCAGCAGCUGGUGGUUGUCCCCAUCAGGGUCAGGAAGGACGGGUGGGCAAGUGAUGCCAUGCUCUAUGUGAACGUGGAGCUGGUGGACCUGAGCACGCCGGCGGAGGUGGAGAGGAGCGUCUCGUUCAGGGAGAAGCCGAGGGCGAACCCCACGCCGGUCCCGACGAUGAGGGAGAUCCACAGGGGCUCCACCUACCACGAGGUUCUUGACCUGAAGCAGCUGCUCGACCUCGCCGAGAAGCAGGGCAGGGUGGCGGUGUACCGGAACAAGCGCAACUCGGACACCAGCAGCGUCAGCAGUGGUGGCAUGAGCAGCAGCAGCAGCACCGUCAGCCUGAGCAGCGCCAGCACCAGCACCAGCGGCGGCGCCAGCCCGGAGCCCGGGUCCACGUCCAAGCGCCGGUUCCUGCCGUGGCGGCGGCGGAGCCGGGAGUCGCUCUCCCAGGAGAUGCCCGUCGCCAAAUGCUGCGUGGAGGACGACGACGAUGCCUGGGAGGCGCGCGAGUUCACGAGCAGGGACUCGGAGACGCGGCUCCGGACGCCUGUCUUCUUCGCGUCCAUCGACCAGCGCGACGACAGCGCCGGCGGCGAGAGCGCGUGCACGGCGCUGGUGGCCGUGCUGGCGGCGGCGCUCCACGCCAACCACCCGCUGAUGCCGACCCGGGCGGAGCUGGACGCGCUCAUCCGGGACGGCUCGUCGGAGUGGAGGCGGCUCUGCGACGACGAGGCGCACAUGGCGCAGUUCCCCAACCGGCACUUCGACCUGGAGACGGUGCUGGCGGCGCGGACGCGGCCCAUCGCCGUGGAGCACGACAGGGCCUUCGUCGGCUUCUUCCAGCCGGAGAGCUUCGCGUCGCUGUCGGGCGCCAUGUCGUUCGACGACAUCUGGCGCGAGAUCAGCGCCGGCGCCGGCGAGCGCGCCCCGGGCGAGGCCGACGUGUACAUCGUCAGCUGGAACGACCACUUCUUCGUGCUCAAGGCGGAGAGCGACUGCUACUACGUGGUGGACACGCUCGGCGAGCGGCUCUUCGAGGGCUGCGACAAGGCCUACAUGCUCAGGUUCGACGCCACGUCGGAGAUGCGCGCCAUGCCGUCGCCGUCGUCCGAGGCGGCGGAGGAGGUGGUGGUCGCCACCGGCAAGGAGUGCUGCGGCGAGUUCAUCAAGAAGUUCCUGGCCGCCAUCCCGCUGAGGGAGGAGCUGCACAUCGAGCAGAGCGGGUGCGCCGACGCCGGCGCGCCGCACCGGCGGCUGCAGAUUGAGUUCCACUUCACCGUGCUGCAGCAGCAGCAAGAUGGAGGGAGAUGACAGGCGGGUGUGCUUGCUGCCUGACUGCGCUGCUGCACUAACAUGAUCAAUGUACAUUCAUAUACAUACAGCACAGAUGAAUAGAAACAUGAAUGACAGCAUUAUUAUUACCAGUUGCAAGAUUUUGGAUAGUAGUAAGUGUAAUAGGCACAGGGAAUACAGAAUAUGUUUACAUACAGUGAAUUAGGCAGACAGAGAUUGUAAAAUAUACACCGAGUUUCUUGAGUGUUUGGGUAGGCAGUGAACAUAUACAUACAUACGGAGUCCUUGAGUUUUCU